AUGGCUGAUGUUCCAGCUCCAAGGAUGUCUGAUUUACACGCUCCGUUUCCACCGUCACAUCAACGAGUCAUCAUUCCAAACUACCAGAAUCGUUUCCAGGAAGAAAAUGAAGAUGUGGACAAGUUUAUUCCGGGUUUGGAUGUGGGACAGGAUUUUGAUGGUUUUGAACCUAAGUAUAAUGAUCAAGAUGUGAACGUCGGUCAGGAUUUAGACGUCCAUGGAGACUUUGAUAACCUUCAUGAUAUAUGGACGUUGGCCGCUGAUUGGGUCAAAUCUCGUGAGAUCAUUCCAGCGAUAGCACCUGAUCUUGGAACGGUUUUAUACGCAAUGGCGAACUCUAAGAUAACGAAGGCCGAUGUUGGUUAUAAAGGUACGCAGCUGAAAUUGCUGCUUAGUCUUGAGAAUGACCAAAUUGUCGUCUUCAAACCAAUGAGGUACUCAAGAGAUCAUGUGAUCAAUGGUAAUCCAUACGCUGGUUACGACAGACACAAUUCUGAAAUUGCCGGAUUUCAUUUAGACAGGAUUCUUGGUUUCCGAAGAGCACCAUUAGUGGUUGGUCGACAUGUGGACUUGAAAAAAGAAAUUAUUCCAGUUGCUUCAGAUCGAUUGUUACAAACAUUUUUCAAAGGUGUAGGAAAUAGUACAUGUUUUUAUGGUAGUUGUCAUUACUGUAAUAAAGAAGAGCCGGCAUGUGACGAUGGAGUCUUUCUAGAAGGCUCAAUAACGUUAUGGCUACCAAGUUCAUGGCCGCUACAAAAACAUCGGCAUCCAUGGGGUAGGACUUAUAAAGCAGGCAAGAAAGCUAAAUGGGAAUAUGAUAAUACUUAUUGUCGAGAAAUCAUUGUCAAGGACCCAUUUAAUUCUGGUCCCAGACUUCUAGACAUCAUGGAUACCUGUAUCUUUGAUUACUUAAUUGGUAACGGAGAUCGACAUCAUUAUGAAACAUUCCAACAAGAUGGCGCUGAUGGUAUGUUACUAAAUAUGGACAAUGCUAAGGGAUUUGGUAAUCCCUUUCAUGAUGAAAAAAGUAUUUUAGCACCACUUUAUCAGUGCUGCAAAAUUAGAAGAGCUACCUACCAGAAGCUCCUGACCUUGUCUGAUGGCAAACUCAGUGAGUUCAUGAAACAAGCGCUAUCACAUGACCCAGUCAGCCCUGUACUUGUACCCUUGCAUUACGAGGCCAUGGAUCGACGGUUGCGUGCCGUUUUAUCAGAAAUCCAGAAGUGCAUUUCACGCAAUGGAGAAAGUCAUGUGAUGGUAGAUGGUCUAGUAUUAUGAAAAAACAAUGUUUUGUAAAAAAAAAAAUCCAUUCAUAUUUCUUGUACAUCACAUGUACAUGUUCAUUUUACAGAUUAUAUAAACCGUAUUUUUAAAAAUUAAAAUAAAAAAUUAGUUAGAAUUUGAAUAUACCUAGAAUUCUUGUUAUAUUGUCAUUGGAGCCACAUUAUUUUUGUUAAACUAAUUUCAGCAAUGGCAGUCAUUUUUCAGUUUCUAAACUUAGCUUUGUCUUUUACAAUGAAGACAAUUCAUUCAUUUCUAAAAUGAUAGACUA